UCUUCACGAAGUCGUCGUCGUCCAUUUUCAUAGCGUUUCCUCCUUGAGAUUCUUCUUCGAGAGAGAGAGAGAUGGCAUCGCUUUGCAAGUCAGCGCUAUUGAGUGGUUCUAGAAAUUUAGUAUCUAGAUCGAGGAUCGUAACUCAAAAGUAUCUCAAUCUUAAACCGACAACGACGACUUCAGCUCCUUUUGCUUCAUCCAUCCCUCGCGCUUCAAGGGUUCUGUCGGCUUUGGGAAGCGUUGAAACGAUGAUUCCGCUUCACAGUGCGGUUGCUUCAGCUCGGCUCCGGUCAAGCAUCGCUGCUGAUUCCUCUUGUUGGAGCAUGCUUUCCGAGGGAUUUGCCACGCCUUUGUGACCCCCCCCCCCCCGGUCUGCUGGAUUCUAUAUAAGGCAAAAAAAUAAUAAUCAAAACUAUUAGGACUUGCUUUCAGACAAUGAAUGGACAAGAAUAUUACUUUCUUCUAGUUUGAACUCUUUCGUUGAUGUAUUGUUAUAGUUCACAAGAAAUGUUGCUUCAAAGUUCCAGUUAUCUUUCUGUUGCUAUUUGUAUCCACACAUUUUGGGGAUUUUCUGCAUGGAAAUUCAGCUUCUCCUCUCUUCU